CAGGAAAAAGCGCCAAAGAAAGCCGCUGGCUGUCAGAGUGAGCUGGAUCCAGUGCUGUCUGAGCAACUGCAGGUGGCCAUGGAAAGCCUCGGCUUGCCGCUGACUCCACAGGAGAAGAGACCAGCAAGUGACCGUCGAAUUGAUCAGGUAACGAUCGAUGCUAGAGCAGCGAGUCCGGCCGCAGAGCCAACCGCAGCCGAAUGGACUGCCAAAGAUGUCGAGUCCUGUGUGGCACGAGUCCUCAAGAAGUUGGAGCGCCCGCGGAAAGCGGCGGAGCGGUUGAUUGGAGAGUUGCUUCCCGAGCUGUCUUUGCCACAGCCCUGGGUCACUUUCAGAAACUCCAAAGGCAAGUUGUUCUUCCUGAAUCCUGUGUCAAGGUCUACGACUUGGUGCCACCCACUGGAGCCAGCGUUGCAGGAGAUGGCGGUGUUAUGCAAAAGCCUCCUGGAGUUGGAUGACGCCUGGAGAUCGCAACUGCUGUCGGGCCAGCGGGAAACCAUUGACCAGGAAGAACAACAGCAACUGUCGAGUUGGCAGCUCACAUCACCAGGGCUUUGGCAGCAUGUGUCGGGUGACACCACCUCGAUGGACCCCAGCCAUGUAAUCUCAGCGUCUUCUCGGUUGAAACGCCUGGCCCUUUCCAAACUUCAAAAUCCCAGAUACCUUUCCGAGCUGCUGUUGAUGGAGCCCCCGGCGCUGCCGGCACCAAAGAAGGAGCACACGGACCCGACGUACAUCUCCAAGGCGAUUCAGUGGUUCAUAAACUCGAUUGACGAUGACUCCUCCUGUACUCCUACACCACCCGCGACAGGGCGCAGUCAAGUUGGAGUGCCUGUCGCAUCUGAGGCGGCUCCAUCGCAGGCGGCUCCGUCGCGGUCGACCCUGCAGGGUCCUCCCACCAGCACUGAGAAGUCCCAGUCUCCGGAAGUCGAGGACUCCUCCGGUGACCCCAAGGUCGAUGUGGUGGCAGACCCCCACAGGGCCAUGGCCAGCGAUGGGUUGAUGACCUUUUGCCUUGAAAGAAAGGCAGAUGCCAAGACCGUGCCGGAGGGGUUGGUGGCGGAAGCGGUGGAUGGCCGUGGGAAUGCGGUGGGGUCCGUGGAGACAGUGAAAGAAGCUGAGCCGGUUGAAGAUGCGAAAGCUCCUGUUGUUCAAGAAGCAGAAGAUCUACCAUCGAUUGCGACAGUUGAAGAUGCUGCUCCAGCAGGAGAACAGAAGCCGCGCAAGGCCUCUGAAGAUCUUCGAAGCGAAGGUUCGGCGGAAGUGGCGCAUUUGGUGCAGCAACUGGCCCCGGUCAUGGACACACCAGGUCAAGGACACACUGGUCAAAGUCAAAGCCAAAGCGGUGGAGCUGAGAUUUCAGCUGGCGAAACUGGCGAAGCUUCAGCUUCCUCGGGCUUGGCCGAUCUGCUUCAGCAGGUGUCAGAGAUUUUGGCUGGGCAGAUGCAGCAAGGAGCAUCCGACAAGAAAGCCUCAAACUCAGUUCGAGAAGCAGGUGGCGCGCCACACCGGGCAAAGAAAGAGAUCCAAUCCUUGGAGGAAGCUGCAGAUCCAGGAGUUGCAGGAGCUAUCGGCACUAGCGCUAGCGGCAGCGCUAGAGCUAUGUCGGGCGAGGCCGCAACCUCCAGAGCAAUGUCAGGGCAGGCAACAAAAGGUCAGGCCCCGUCGAAGGUCGAAGAACUUCAAGGAAAUUCUCCUGGCAGUGAGAUGCCUGAGGUCAGCCAGCCUCAGCCAGGGCCCACGGCUGCCAAUAAUGAAAGCAAGCUGCAGCUGCAGGUGACGAGGAGCUUGGGUGACUUUGAUCCAACCGAUCCAAACAAGGAGGAGCGUGUCGUAGACUACGUCAUUCAGCAUUUGCGACUGCUAGAUGCGGAAAAGACUGGCAGGAUCAGUCCUGGAAAGCUGUGCAUGUUCUUUGAGCUGCUUGGAAUGGAUGUCUAUGAUCUGACCCAAGCCAUUGCUGCGUCGAAGCAUCGCCAGGAUGGGACUGUGGAUUAUGCCGCCUUUGUGAGAUGGUUAAUGACGAGCGAAACCUGACGAUUGAGGGCCAAGUUCGCGAAUAAACAAACACUUCGAUUCAUGUCUGAUCAGGUG